CUCCGAGUACCAGUAAUACAUAGCUCUUAUAGAGCUCUUUCUGCAAGACGGGCUAUCUCUCAGCGGACCCACGCCACUUGCAUUCCUCAUUCCGUUGGAAGAAACGUCAGGAUGGGCAAGAACAACAAGAAGCGACCGCCGGCUCCUGAAGAGCCCCAGCUCUUCCUGACGGCGAUAGAAUCCUCAAGGGAACCAAUUGUGGAUACCCACACGCAUCUAUUAUCCACAUUCUCGGCGUAUCGCAGUAAAUACCCUGCAGGAAAAUACAAAUCUGUAUUUGAUUUCGUGCGUGGAGCCUACGAGGGAAAGAACGUAGAAGCCAUGGUGGAUGUCUAUUGUGAAGCACCUGUGCAGUCUCAAUGGAGAGAACUGGCAGACUCAGCUAUCAUGCCAGAGGACAGGAUGGAAAAAUGGAGCGGGACUGAAUAUUGGUUUGUUAUGGGUGUACAUCCGCAUGAGGCAAAAGACUAUACAGAUACAGUGGAAGCAGAGAUAUUAGAAGCAAUGAAUCACCCGCGAAACGUCGGAUGGGGAGAGAUUGGCCUUGAUUAUCACUAUGAUCUUUCGCCACGGGAUGUCCAACGACAAGUUUUCGCUCGACAGUUAGAACACGCCGUUCGUUUAGGAAAACCUCUGACAAUUCACACGCGCGAGGCAGAGGAGGAUACUGAGCGUAUUCUGAAAGAGAUCGUGCCAAAGGGUCACAAAAUCCACGUUCACUGCUUUACAGACACGCCAGAAUUCGCACAGAGGUUACUGGACCACUACCCUAAUUUACACAUCGGAAUUACGGGUGUCAUAACGUAUUCUACGAAUACCAAUACUUCCGAUGUCAUUCGCAAUCUCGUAAGAUCAAACGACGACUCGACAUCAUCCGGACCCCUACGAAUACUACUUGAGACGGAUGCCCCCUACAUGGUUCCAAAUAAUAUCUACAAGGCGUUCCCAGAACUUAAGAGUGGAACUCGAUUUCCAAUUUGCCACACUGCGAUGAUACCAUGGACAGCAGACUUUGUUGCAGGUGUCGCAAGUGAGGCUGGCGUGGAGUAUGACCGUGACCGCGUGAUGCGAGAAUCGCGAGAGAACGCUAGGAAGGUGUACGGUGUAUAAAUGAGAAUAAAUCAUAGAGGAUCGUAGAUUUCGUCAAAGUCAAACAUAUUCUCAGCGUGCUACAAUAAAUUAAUGUUCGUCCUAUUGACAUUUGUCUUGAAACUCGGCGUCGGGCGAAAUAAAGAGAAAGAGAAGACG